GGCGUGCAUGCUGAGAGGGAGGAAUGUGUGUCCCCCCCCCUCCAAAAAAAAAUGUUAUGGUCGACUUCAUUCUUGUGUGUCUUUUCGUUGUUGUUUUUUCUGCUCCCAUUUUAGGUGCUGGGCCUCCUGUCAAAGCGGCAGCAUUUGCUCACCACCGCUAUUUUCAGGGGGCGGGAGGAGGAAGCUCUUCAAUCUCAAGCCCUUGGGUCAGGCCCCCAGCUACGUUGUGGCGGAAAACACUCGUCUUGCACAAGAGAUGUGGUGAGUCCAUAUGUUUUCCUUAUACCAUACUCGGCAAAGUGUCUGCUUAGAGUCGAAUCUGGAGAACCUCAUGAAGAAUUCCCAAUACGGUCGCAUUUUAUGGUCGUAGAGGUCGAGUUGGGGGGGGAAAAAAAAUUCCAAUGCACCAGAAGAGGGUGUUCACGAGUUGAUUCCCGUUCAGUGCCCCCCCCCCCCCCCAUCCUUUCUCAGUGAGCGCGGGAGCAUCGACGUAAGGAUCGCUCGCCAUGCAAUAAACGGGCGUAAAUUUGCCAUCUGUGCAUGCAGAUAACGGCGCAGACGUCACGCGGGCCGUUGUCAGGAUUUACGCCUCGGUCGGCGUCGCGGGUGGCGGAUUAAUAACGGGUCGUAAAGAAGGAGAGGGGGCGUCAAAUGGAGAGUCGAUAAAGCCCAAGCGGGGACGAUGAGCUCGCCACUGCCUCGCCAGUUGCUCUCCGCCCGGCCGAGCCCCAGCAGGCAUGCUGCGGAGCGGGACACCGAGCAGCUAGCCGUCCGGAGACUGCCCUCCCCACGGAGCCUCAACCUUCUCACGCCGCCCCCUUACCCUCGCCGCGCCUCCGCCAUCCCCGGCUACCUGCUGCCCCCCUACCAGGAGCACGAGGACCGCCUCCAGCAGGAGCGCCGUCGUCUCUCCUCCCCUCCCGAGAUCUCUUGGGUCGCCCCCGCCCCCGCUCACGCUCCUCCUCCGCCCGUGGCCACCCCUGCCGCUCCUUGCCGCCGACCGCUGGGCGUCAUGCACCUCCUCCGUUUGGGUCUUCUUGCCUUCAGCUGCCUGUUUUGGGCGGCCGGCUUAGCUCUCUUCACACUGGGCGUGUGGGCGCAGAUUUCCCUGGCUGACUUCAUGUUGCUGUCCGCCAACCGCUACCCCAACGCGCCCGUCAUCCUGCUGGUCACCGGGGCCGCCGUCACCAUCUGGGGCUUCCUCGGUUGUCUCGGGGCGGCGGCCAACCUCCCGUACGUGCUGAGGGCCUACGGCUUCUUCCAGCUGGCCGCGCUCGUGGCGGGCUUGGCCGGCGGACUCUGCGGUCUCUUCUACCGGGAGGACAUCGCCGGAGGGUUUCGUAGCGGCCUACAGCGAGCCGUGGCCGGAUACGCGGAAGACGAAGGUCGCGCCGACGCGCUCGAUAGCUUGCAGAGGGCGCUGCGCUGCUGCGGUGCCGAAGGAUGGCGCGACUGGCUGACUUCGGACUGGGCCCUCCAGCACGUGACCUUCCCGCCCAACGAGAACGCCACCCUGGGGUCCUUGCCGGACAGCUGCUGCAUGCGUCGCAAAGGCUGCAGGAACAGGCCGCUGCCCUCGGAGGACGACGGCGGCGUGGUCGCCGCGGGCGUUCACCCCCACGGGUGCUUCCGGAAAGUCUUCAGCUUGGUCAACGACAACGUGUUCCACAUCGCCGCCACCGUGCUGGGCUUGGCCUUCACCCAAGUCGGCGGCAUCGCUCUGGCGUGCAUUUUGGCCAGCCGGCUGGCGCCGAGGCAACGCGUGGUUGCGAAUUGAUCGGGGAAAAAAAAAAAAACCUCAUUGUUUACGAUUCGAGUGUUGUGGUGUCGUUGAAAGCAUGUGCGUGGAGUUUGACAUUAGUGAAAAAGAUGGCGCCACAGCCCUGCCCAAAAAGGACGUUUGUGCAGUUGAAGCGUUUAAGAGAUACAGCUCGGCUGAGAAACAAUUUCGGUAUGUCAGGCCUGAGCUAAGUUUAACCUGGGUUGUGAUGGAGAGGCAGCACCUGAAGAGAUCA